AUGCUUAGUUAGAUAUAUUUUUUAUUAUAAAACUUAAAAUCUUAAAUUUUUGAGAUUACUUUGAUUUAUUAAAUAAAAAUUAGAAGAUUGAAAUUUUAUCAUAGAAAUUAUAAAAGAAAUAAGUAAAUAAAUAAAGAUUAUAUCUAUUAGAAGGUAAAUUUUAAAAGUAUUAUUCUAAUUAAAAAUAUUUUUAAAUUGGAUUUCGAAAAGAAAAAAAAAAUUGUAUUUUUAAAAACUGAAAGGAAAAAAAAAUUAGAAAAAAAUACUAAAUUGAAAAGAAUUUAAUCCUGUAAAUAGAUGAAAUGA